UGCACCUGCCCCAGUUAGAUCCUGGCGCCCACAUCCCAGGAGAGCUCCAGUUGUUGUUGAAGCUUGUGCUUUCCUGAGAAUACAGGCCCCCUAGGUCGGCACUAAUGCUGCAUUUUGUCUAGCACUUAGAUCUUUGAUGUUCAUUAUUCAGAGACCAGCAUCAUCCCUGACAUUUCUUAUAACUUGUUAAAAAAAAACAACUCUCAGGUUGGUGUAGGACAGCUCCUCCUUUUUGUCCUUCACCUCACCCCCAUUCUCCUGGCCCAGAAAGCGUUUGUUCCCUCUCAGAAGUAAAUGCAGCUGAGCGCUGUGAACGUCAGUGAGUGAGCCGAACACCAUGGACAGCGGCGUGGACAUUCUUUGGCGUUCUCUCUGGUCACCCUUGUCCCAGAGGCCCCGGGCGCUGCAGUGGGAGCGGUGCUGUCACUCAGAGGGCACCUUGGAACCCCUGACCCCGCAAACCCGAUUCUGCUAAUCUUAGACAUGAAGCAGACUAGGGCUUCUUGCUCUGCCCUCCCGGGGCCUGCUCCUCGCAGUGGUCCCUCCCUCUGCCAUCAGGAGGGCUUUCUGGGACCUGGAGGCUGUACAGUCUGUGGCGCUGUCUCUGUCUUCUGGGCAGGAGGAGAAGCUGGAGCAGCUCAGCCUCUCUGGGUCAGUCUUUUCUGUGUGGAGCCUUUGAUCUCCUUAGGCAGAGAUCUGAUUUGUAUCCAGUCUGAUCAGCAGUCUCUCACAUAAGACUUUCCAGACCCAGGACUCCAGAGGAGCCAGGCACCUCACAAGAAGGCGACUGUAACUUCCGAUUCCUUGGUGGAGGAAAACACCCCACUCUGGUCUUGCUCCCAACGAUGCAAGUGUGAUUGCUGGCGUCUUCAUGAGCUCCAGAGGUCACAGCACGCUCCCCCGGACUCUCAUGGCCCCCCGGAUGAUUUCUGAGGGAGACCUAGGAGGCAUUGCGCAGAUCACCUCCUCGCUCUUCCUGGGCAGAGGCAGCGUAGCCUCCAACCGGCACCUCCUCCAGGCUCGCGGCAUCACCUGCAUUGUGAACGCUACCAUCGAGAUCCCCAAUUUCAACUGGCCCCAGUUUGAAUACGUUAAAGUGCCUCUGGCUGACAUGCCUCAUGCCCCCAUUGGACUGUACUUUGACACCGUAGCCGACAAGAUCCACAGCGUGAGCCGGAAACACGGGGCCACCCUGGUGCACUGUGCUGCGGGGGUCAGCCGCUCGGCCACGCUCUGCAUCGCGUACCUGAUGAAAUUUCACAACGUGUGCCUGCUGGAGGCCUACAACUGGGUGAAAGCCCGGAGGCCCGUCAUCAGGCCCAACGUUGGCUUCUGGAGGCAGCUGAUAGACUACGAGCGCCAGCUUUAUGGGAAGUCGACAGUUAAAAUGGUACAGACACCGUACGGCAUAGUGCCAGACGUUUACGAGAAGGAGUCCCGCCACCUGAUGCCUUACUGGGGGAUCUGAGCCACCAGCGCCCGCAGCAGCAGCCCCUCGAGCAGGACCAGCAUCUGCUACACGCCGUCUGCUCCCCUCCUCACCUUUCUUUCCAAAUGGUGGACAAAUGCUCCUCCCUGAAGUGUUUUUUUUUUUUUUUUACACUGGGUGUUUCAUGUUUUAUUUUGAGAGAGAGGGAAGGGAGGGGAGGAAGACACGGGGAAUGCUCACAUUGCUACUAACAUUUUUAAAACUAACAUUUUGGAAUAGUGUUUAUGAAAAUCUUGAACUGGCUUUUAAACAGUUUCAAGUUUCAACAUUUUUAACAAUUUCAACAGUUUAAUAAACUGUUUGGUUCUGCUCUGUUCUCAACCCCAUGCCUCUUGGCAUCAUGGGAGGAGCUCAGUGCAAAAAUCACUUUGGACCCCCAUUAACCCUUUAGAUACAGGCUUUGCCCAGGCUGCCAACCAAACAGAUGCUUAGGGAACACUGAUACCAGCAUCAGCCUCCACUGGAUCAGCCCUACUCUUUCCUUUCCUUCUAUUAUUUAGUGACUCUGUAAGUUAAAAAAAAAAAAAGCCUUUAUUAUUUAGCUGUUAAUUAUAAUGCAAUCUGCUGCAAACACCCUCUUGGAAUCAGUGUGCCCCAGGAGUAUAUUAGCAUUAUUUUUAAUAAAUACAUCUGCUUAA